AUGAGAGUUCCUCUGGAUUGUCAGAAUGAGAAACGAGCAUACGUGCGGCCAAGCGGGAACUUAGUGCUUAUGCUGACUGAAAGAGAACGAGGAUGCCCUAGAAAUGGCGUUCGACAUGUUAGGAAUAGACGGGAGUACUAUGCAACAGUGUCCAUGGAUCGGGUUGUGGAGGUCCCAGAAAGUUGCCACAUGCAGGAUCAUGUGGUCUCGUGGACUCCCGACGGGUCUCGCUUAAUCACUUUUCGCAUAAACUUGCGCUCUGUUAGGAUAUUUCGUUAUCUAGGCGUAGAAAGGGCUCGCGGUGUUGCUCCUGAGGAGAUUUGCGAGCGUCUUUUCUCAUUAGAAUCUGAAGUAAUGAUGAUGAUGGGCUCGUCACGGCUUGAGAGUGCUUUGCUAAGAACAGAUUGUAUGCUGUUUACAGAUGAUGGGAAGUACAUGGUUGUGGCAACGACAGCACCCGCCCCAGACCAGCUCAUAACAAUUCCAAUGGUCUACCCGAAUCAUGAGGCACUUCCUUUGAUCAACUAUAGUUUGGAAAUUUACACUUUCUUUACCAUCGAUUUAGAGAAAGGAUGCAUAGCUCAUUUUGUCAUGUACAACUUUGAUAGGAUCAAUCUGACUCAUGGUGUAGCAUUGUGUGGAUCAACAAUGAUGAUUAUGUCUCUUCAGAAACAGGUCAUUCACAUGCUGCAUGUUGAUGAGGAUGGAGCAAUGAUACCUUUGAAAGACAUUGGUCCGUCAGUAUGGGAUGAUGAUGGACUUUAUCUGUUUGGCGAUUGCCAAGCGACGCCAACGCGGUCUACCUUGUAUACAGGGCUAAAACAGCGGUUAUUGACAUUCCUAUAUAACGAAGCAAAACAAGAGGGCAAUAUCCAGCAUUUUCUUCGGUUUAUGGCACCAUAUGUGGAGAAGCUCAGAAUGCAUAGGGCACAGCUAUUCGACGGGCACUAUCUGCUGAUUAGAAUGCUACCUCAUGCAUCUAUCAGGUAUGAUGUAUCGCUCAUGCCAUGUUUCCUAUUCAUAAUGGAUUGGAGGAAUUGCAAGAUUUUAGCGGUAUAUCAAGAGUAUGGACCCAAACUGUUGGAGUUCUACGAGAAUUUUGUGGAAUCCUUGUUAACUCCAUCACAGAAUCCACAUCGUUAUCCGAAAUCGUUCCAGUAUAAUCCACACUCUCGACAAAGGAUUCAUUGGCUAAUGGCCAAUGCCUCAGGAGCUAUGUCCGAAGCGGUGUACAGGCGGGUCUUGUCGGUGUUGCCUUUCUGCGGAUGUCAUCAUUCGUCAUCGGAAAAUCCUUAUCUUGAUCCGCUAUACUUUUCCAUUGAUGAAAAGAUACACUCGAAUUUGAUGUAUGGUCGUAUGCGAUUUGAUCUCGGUCCGGUGCGCCAUUGCCGUCAAGUACAUCACCAAACGCUUCAUCGGAGAGUACGACUCGACGUUGGAGGACACCUACUGUCGUCAAGAUACGGUAGCUGGACAGCCGCUGAUGGUUUGGAUCAUGGACACAUGGUUUAUGAUGUUACCAGCCAGCUGAGCUUACAAUACGCUGAAAGCAUUUUGGAACGAAUAGCAUCGCAUGAACAUCUGCUAUGUGCGAGAGAGCAUAAGACCAUUCUGCUUGGAAACAAGAACGAUUUGGAGAGAUACAGGCAAGUUUCUGAAGCUGAAGGUGAAGCCAUGGCCACCAAAUACAAAAUUCAGUUCGCUGAAUCAACUGCAGCUGGUGAUCCACGUCCUCUGUCGCAGUUACUGCAUACAACUUUCCAGAAUAUUCUGACCGGCACAAGAAGUCCUUCACCGCGAUUGUGCUCUUCAGAUUCAGAGAUUGUAACACCAAGGAAAUCUGCGUUUUCUGCGUUACGUUCGGCAAGUAGAUCCAGCCAAGUUCGUACAAAAGCAUCGAAACCGGUACAGUUGCACAAAACACCAAGUUUGAGCAAACUUAAGACGGGCAGCAAGUUGUUGAAGCUUUUUCACAACUGAACAUUUGUCUUUCAUUAGUUCUGAAGUAACUGGAUUCUAUUUUUCUAGACGUUUGUUAUUUAAAUCCGCUAGAUUCUACAUUCUGAAAAAAUAAACGUUGUUUAGUUUUUUUUGAUUACUAGGUGCCAUAAACAUCUUUUACUUUUGCCUUGUAUCUAUUGAUUGUAUGUUAAUCAUUUUAUGUGUAAAUAUGGUUUUUUCAUGUUCUACUCUAGAAACAGUGAUAUUUUCUUGAAGCCAAUUUGCAAUAUCGAAGCCUUGUCCAGGUAUUCGUUGCUUUAUUCGUUGCUAGGG